GGGCUCCGCGUCCCGAUGGAGCCGGCCCGGCGCGGGAGCGCGGACCAGGGCUCGGCCGCCGCCUUGGGGCCCCGGCCCGGCCCCUCGUGGGGUACCUCGCCCGCCGCCGCCCCCCCAGCACGGCCGGUGCCUUUCGGCUCCGGCGGCUCGGCCCCGGCCGCGCCUUUCCUUGGCGGCGGCGGUGGCCCGGGUGCCCGCCGAAGCUCUCGGUCGGACGCCGCCUGCGACCCCUUCCCGUAUGGCUGCCCGCGGCCCGGCGGGGUGCAACGCUGCGGUCCUGAGGAGCGGGCCCCGGGCAGGGGCGCGCAGCCCCUGCCGCUGGAGGUCGGCAGGGCGCAGCCCGAGGGGCCCGGCGGACCCCACAACUUCCCGUUGCCGGCCUUGCUGCCCCCCAGCCCUGGCGGCCCCCCGGCCCGGCCCGGCGUGCAGUCCCCCGUAGCGCCCUCCUUCCCCGAGCUCGGACCCCUGGAGCAUGCUGUGCCCGGGAAGCUACCGCCCGCCGAGCGGAGGGAGAUGCUCCCCAAGGCCGAGUCCAGCGACCACAUCUCCGCUUGGGCGGGCUCCUCGCCGCGGGCUGCUGGGCUACCCAAAGCCGUCUCCAGCGAGUUCCUCGCCAGCGGGCGGGUGGGCCUGUCCAAGCCGUCUGCUCUCUCCAAAGCGGAGCCGGAGGACCUCUCCCUCUUCGGGAGGUCCCUCGGCCAGCCAAGUGCUGGUGAUUCCUCUGACGCACUCGGCUGCUCGGGAAGGAGCCCGGAGGACAGUUCGUUCCGCAUCACAGUGGUUACCUGGAAUGUGGGCACAGCUAUGCCCCCGAAUGAUGUGACAUCCCUGCUGCACCUCAACACAGGCGAGACUAACGAUGUGGAUGUGAUUGCCAUUGGGCUGCAGGAGGUGAAUUCUAAGAUAAACAAGCGCCUGAAGGAUGCCCUCUUCACAGAUCAGUGGAGUGAGCUCUUCAUGGAUGUGCUGAGCCCCUUCCACUUUGUCCUGGUCAGCACUGUUCGGAUGCAAGGUGUGAUCCUACUGGUAUUUGCCAAGUACUACCACCUCCCCUUCCUGCAGGACAUCCAGACAGACUGCACGAGGACAGGGCUGGGAGGCUACUGGGGCAACAAGGGUGGGGUGAGUGUUCGUCUCUCCAUCUUCGGCCACAUGGUCUGCUUCCUGAACUGCCACCUGCCAGCACAUCUGGAGAAGGCAGAGCAGCGCAAGGAGGACUUUGCCACCAUACUGCACAUGCAACAGUUCGAGGGGCGUGUGGCCAGCGGCAUCCUGGACCAUGACCUCGUGUUCUGGUUUGGGGACCUCAACUUCCGCAUCGAGAGCCUUGACAUCCGCUUUGUGAAGUAUGCCAUUGACAGCAACAUCCUGAGCCAGCUAUGGGAGAAGGAUCAGCUGAAUAUUGCCAAAAGCACCUGGCCUGUCCUCAGUGGUUUUCAGGAGGGCCCCCUGAACUUCCCACCCACUUUCAAGUUUGAUGUAGGCACCAACAAAUAUGACAGCAGUGCCAAGAAGCGGAAACCUGCCUGGACUGACCGCAUCCUCUGGAAGAUCAAGUCUCCCAGUGUUGGGCUUGGCAUGGGUGGGCACCGGCCCAGACGGAGUGUCCUCUCAGUGAGCCAGCUCUGCUACUGCAGCCACAUGGAGUACACAGUCAGCGACCACAAGCCAGUAGCUGCCAUCUUUGCAGUGCAGUUUGCUUCCAAGACAGACAAGCCCCCGGUUGAGAUUUAUGUGGCUGAUGAAUGGAGCAGGCCUGAGCAAGCAGUUGUCAGGUACAAGAUGGCUGCUGGCUUCCACCGGAGCUCGUGGGACUGGAUAGGACUCUACCGGGUGGGCUUUCGACACCCUAAGGAUUACGUGUCCUAUGUCUGGGCUAGGAGCGAUGAUGGUGAGCGCUGCUUGGAGAAGCAACCAUAUGCACAGGUGAUGUUCUCAGAGGAGGCCCUGCCCAAGGGGAAGGGCGAGUACAUCCUUGGAUACUACAGCAACACCUCCAGCAGCAUUGCUGGUGUGACUGAGCCCUUCCAGAUCUCCCUGCCCAGGUCAGAGGAGGGCAGCAGCCCCACAGACAGCUCAGGCAGCAGCUCAGAAGAGGAGGAUGACAGCACACUUGUCCUGCUGGCCCCCAAGUCCCGUAGCCCCAGCCCAGGCAAGAUGAAACGGCACCGGAGCCGAAGCCCCAGCCUAGCCAAGUUCCAGGGCCUCAUCCUGCGGCCAUCAAGCCGGGACAGGGGUACAAGCCGCAGCCCCUCACCCCAGAGCCGCCGUGGCAUCCCUGGGGACAUCCCCACCAUCCACGUGCCCCAGGAGGAGCUGGGGUGCCGUGGAGUGAAAGCCAAGGAGUCAGGGCGAACAGCCAGCAGCCAGGAGGGCAGCUCUUUCUACCAGACUGUGCGGGAGCAAGGUGGCCCCUGGCAUGUCUCUGCUGACAGCCCCUUGGCCAGGGCUGACCCGAGGAACCUGGGCCUGCUGCCUGCACUCCGCCUUGAGAUGAUCGACCAAGCUCUGGGACGGCGGAGGGAGAGCACAGACCAGAGCUACCCUAGCCAGAGGAUGAGUCCCACCAGCCCCCCUGGCUGCAGGACCUCCCCAAAGGAGGGGAGCAGCCCCCAGGAGCUGGACAGCCAUAGCUGUGCCCUGGGCCACUGAUACAGUGACCCUUGUCUCCUUCCUCCCUGUAGUGUGCUUGCUGUGUACUUCCCUCUGCCACUUUCCUGCCGAGACAUCCCUCUUCCCCCUUAUUUAUUGCAGUGAUUUCUCACUACUGCAACAGAGGCCUCCCUGUGGUCCUUCCAGCCUGAGCUGCUGCCCUGGGCCUGGUAGAGCUGGGAUAUGGCACAGGGGAAGGCAAGGCUAGUCUAGUAUGGUGGGGGGAAGAGUCCACUUGAGAUUCAAAGUGCAAGACCCUUUGGUCCUAUGGGAGGAGUGCUGGCUUCACACAUGAGGUGGGACAGGAGCACAGGGCUCUGGUAGCAAUGGUGAUGGGCAUAGAGCAAGGACUGCCCCAGGGUACCCCUUAGAUCAAAGCUUGCUCCUUCCCUGCUGCUACCACUGUGCCUCAGCCUGGACUUCGUGCAAGCGACAAAAUAAACCAUCCUGCCCA